CGGUCGCGUUUCAACGGUUCUCGUCCUGGUCUUGGCGCUUUGGUUUGGUUUCUCUUUCCGUAUAAAUACAGCAGUAAUUCCAUUUCUCCGACUUCCUGCCUGAAAGAAUCCCAUUCUCUCUCUUUUCCAUCUCUCCGAAAAACCCAAACUAAAAUUACCAUUGAAUCGAAAACCCUGAAAUUCAGACGAUCGUUGAUUUUUUUCGUUCUCAUCUUGUCCCCCUUCUUCUAUUAAAAGAGACAUGGCGAAGAUUGCGUCCCGGAGAGAGCUAUUAGAUAGAUGGAGAGGGAUUGAAGAAACAGAGGAAGAGCAAAACGAUGACGGCGAUCCAUUGCAAAGACGUCGCCUUCACAAACUCAAAGAAGAAUGGUUUGCAGAUACGUUUAAUUUUUUGAUUACUUUGCCUAAGGAAACCCAUAUAUGGUGUGGCUCUUGGGAUUUAAUGGGGCCUCUUCUGGAGACAUUCUACAAUUAUUUUAAAGACGAGCGCUCUGAUUCCCCUCUCCGGCUUUUGUGGAAGAGGAUUUCUGAGGAAAUACGCCAGUGCGUGCAGUGCAUAUCUCAGCACCACCAGGCCCAAGAAAUGUACAGUACGGAGUAUGAGUUCAGUUCAAUAGGCCCCCUUCUCGAUGUGUUGCGAAGUCUGGAUGAAGAAAGGGUGACUCAACACUUACGAGAGAUGAAUGCUAGACUGAAGAGGGAAGAGUACGAUCCUCUGCGCGAUAAUUCAGAAGUCGUUAGUCUCAUGUAUGAGGUCUUGAUGUUUCCUAUCCUGCUCGAUGAUCAGUCCUUGAUCACUGAAUUUGAAUCAUUUAUUGAAGCAGUUGAUAAUAUGCAUGAGCUGGCUUUAGCUGGACAUCAACAAUUUCCGGGUGUUUAUGCAUUGCUUUUUUUCAAUAGGAGGGUGCGUACUGUUGGUCGACAUUUAGCUCGAUCUAUGGAAAAACUAAGGAGAGCAGCAGAUAUGGAACCUUUACAGCCUUUGCUGAAUAAAUUUAUUGGGUUUUUGGAGACAGAAGCACUUCCAUCAGUUUCUAAGACUUCAAGGCCAAGGGCGCAGAUGGAGCGCCUAUCUAUAUGGCUUGGAUUCACAUCCUUGCUCGAGUUUUUAGAACCUCCUGUGUUUGAAGAAGGCAUACUGGAGCGGUAUCCCAUUUUUUUUGAUAUUGUGCUCAAUCAUAUCAGUGGUGAUUCAGCUGAAUUUUCUCAUGCAGUAAGCUGCUUGAAAGAACUCUUCAAAAUGCUCGGUUGCAAGCUUUGGCUGAGAUCCACUUUGUCUCCAAGUGUGAUGCGAAAUACGUUGUUGGGGCAGUGUUUCCAUACUCGAAAUGAGAAAAUCCAUAAAGAUAUCUUUGAUCUUUUUCCGCCUUUUCUUCAGUCACUUGAGGCUUUGCAAGACGGGGAACACGAAAAGCAGCGAAGACAUUUCCUCUAUUUUCUUCUGCAUCAAGUUCCUGCGAGCAGCAACUUCAAUGUUCUAACUAGAAAAUUAGCAUGCAAGAUAGCUCUUCUCAUCGUUAAUCGAGGCUACAAGAUGAACCCGCCAUGCCCCCCAGUUGAAUGUGUGCAUAUGUGGGGUCCUUCGCUUGUGUCAUCUUUGAAGGAUUCUUCCCUUCAUAGUUCUCUUCGGCAACCUGCUUUUGAUCUUGUGCAAACUAUUGUAGCGUCUGAUGCUGCUGCCUUAGUAACUGCGUUGUUGAAUAAUCGUAUACCUGGGGAUGACAAUAGAAACAUUUCAGUUGAGUUGGACGACGACGACGACGACGAUAAUGGACUUGCAUUUUCUUCAGAUUUUGAAGAAAAGGAUAAUAGUUGUUGGAGUGAAUUCAGUGCUCAGAGUAAGAUUAUUUCUCAGGAGUACAGAGGGUGGAUGUGCGUUCCCAUGUUAUGGAUGGAUGUUCUAGUUGAUAUUGAUCCAUCAGUCCUUCCGGUGUCAUUUUCAAAGGCUGUUUUUUGGGCCCGAUCUCGUUUAACAAUGGUAGAACCUGAAACCAGUCCGGAAAUGGUACUUGCUGUCAGAACUUGGCUUUUGUCUUCAGCCCCAGAAAUCUCCGCCUCAUUUGGGUGGAAGGUCCCUACUGGUUUUGAUGAUGGUGGAGGUGGGAAGGAGUCAAAAAACUCGAUCAGAGUGUCAAUGAUGCAUCUUCCUUUGAUAAGAACAUUUAACAGGUUAACUGCGCAUUUUGUAGUUCAGGUGGGGCAGGGCGAACUUCGUAAGCAGUGGACGUGGGAACCAAGGAUGGCAGAGGCGUUAAUCCUUUCACUUCUGGAUCCUAAUGAUAGUGUAAGGCAAGUUGGUAAGUCUCUCUUGGAGCAAGUUUCCAACACAAAGGGUCUUGCAUGUGGACUGAAAUUCCUUUGUUCUGGUGGUUCUUCUUUGUCGGCCAUGUUUUUAGGGUUGAGACAUGCAUUGAAAGUGGUUCAGUUGGACUCUAUUAUAUCAAAGUUUCAGGCUUUGCAGCACUUUUUCUUUAUUCUCCGGAAACUAAUUAAAGAAGGGGAUUUACCCAAUCAAGAUGUUUCUGAAAAUUCAAAUGUAAAAGAGUACUCUUCCCAAGGUGGAUUUUUGACACAGCCAAUCUUCAAACCUUUGCUGGUAAACUUCGAUGGGCAUUCAUCUAAUGUUGACUCAAAAUCACUGGAUAAUUUCCAUCAGUUAUUAUCAGAAACUGCUUGGCCAUCAAUUCGCAAAUGCCUGGUAGAAGGGAAAGCAUUUAUUGAUUACAGUCUUUGUCAGAUGACUUGUGUACGUGUACUUGAAAUCCUUCCCGAUGUCUUCGAGAGACUUUAUCAUAAACAUUCUAGAGAUUCUGGAAAAAGGGUGCAAAAUGUGUUGGACUUCAUAUGGCUACAUGAUCUGAUUGAUUGGGGAAAAUCAUCGCUUAAAGUUGUUUUUGUCUAUUGGAAACGAACCGUAACUUCAAUAUUGAAUGUGCUCAAAGUGUCUUGCAAUGAUAUUUCUGCAUCAACUGUUAAGGCUAUAGAGAAUCUUAUUACAUGUGAGAAUGUUAGUGUUGAUCAAUUGUCGGAACAAGUUUCUCACCUUCGUGUUUCAUUAGCUAAGAAAGUUUCUUGUGAUGGUGGGAUUGAAACAUUAAGACCAAGAGCUUUAUUUUCUGAAGAUUUGUCUUUUACGAAAAGGCAUACUGCUUCUGAAAUGCAUGCUUCCCCUGCAAAGGAUACCAUUCUUCAAGCCCUGGGCUCAUCGACAGAUAAUAGAACGGACAAAAGUAAUGUGAUUUUGCUUUCAGAUGAUGAAUCAGAAAGACAUAUUUCACCUGCUAAGGUCAUUCUACCUGAUAAGGAUUCAGGUCCUGGUCGAUUAGAUAGCCAUCCUACAGCUGACAGAAGUGCUUCACUAGCUGACACCUCAAAGAAGGCUUCUGUCAUUGAUACUUUGAGAGAUUUAUCAGAUGCCUUUGAACAAACAGAUUCUUUAGACAGAUCUGGUCUCAUUAUACAGAAGCAGGAUUUUGAUAAAUUAAGAGGCCAAUCACCUGCUGAUGAUAAGAGCAAAGAAGUCAAGUCAAUAGUCCGUGUAAAAGAUGUCUUCGCAUCUCAAUGUAAAAUUAAUUUGAAGAACUCCUGUGAUGUGUCUGUGAAUUCUAAAACUGUGAAUCAAUUUAGCCAUGGCAAGGUUUCUGAAACAAGAGAUUCAAUAUUAAAAGAGAUUGUACAUGAUGCUAAUAAAGAUCUUUCUGAGUCUGCAUUCAAAUCUGUGAGACAACCGUCCUCCUUUCUGGCAAAGCUAAGUGCUUCUGGUCCAAAAAGGCAAGUUAUCCAACUCAAAACGCCUGUUGAAAAUAGAAUUGGAAGUUUACACAGAUUGGAUGCUGGAGUUAAAAGGUUCAAGCCUCCAAGGCUUGAUGCCUGGUUUAGGCCCAUUUUGGAGAUAAAUUACUUUGAAACAGUAGGUUUAAUGUCUGCAGAUAAAGAUGAGAAUCAGAAUGUUAGCAAAUUAAAGGAGGUUCCGGUGUGCUUUCAAUCACCAGAACAGUAUGUUGAAAUUUUUCGGCCAUUAGUUUUGGAGGAGUUUAAAGCACAGUUGCACAGUUCCUUUCUGGAGAUGUCUUCAUGGGAUGAGAUGUAUUAUGGCAGUCUGUCUGUGCUGUCAGUUGAGAGGGUUGAUGACUUCCACCUUGUUCGCUUCGUCCAUGAUGACAAUGAUUCUACAUCAUCCAAAAGCUUUUCAGAAAAUGACCUUGUUUUGCUAACAAAAGAGGCUCCACAAAGGACUUCCCAUGAUGUUCAUAUGGUUGGAAAGGUGGAGAGACGCGAGAGAGACAAUAAAAGAAGGGCGAGUAUGCUACUAAUCAGGUUCUAUUUUUUAAAUGGAUCUUCACGUUUAAAUCAAGCUAGGAAGCAACUUCUGGAGCGUAGUAAAUGGCAUGCAAGCCGCAUCAUGAGCAUUACACCUCAACUUCGAGAAUUUCAGGUGCUAUCAUCAAUAAAGGAUAUCCCCAUUCUGUCAGUUAUUCUAAAACCUGCUGAUGCUUUUCUGGGUUAUAAUGAAUCAAGAGAGCUGGCUUUGGAUAAGCUUUCCCAGCCAUUACAACAAGUACUGAAGUCAUCUUUUAAUGACAGCCAGUUACAGGCUAUCAGUGUUGCAAUUGGAUUGCCUAAUUCAAAGAAAGAUUUUGAAUUGUCUCUUAUUCAGGGUCCUCCAGGGACUGGGAAGACCCGAACUAUACUGGCCAUUGUCAGUGGCUUGCUUGCUUCACUACGAGGAACAAAUGAUCCAAAGCAUUUACAUUCAAAACAAGUUAGUAGUUCAUGCAUGAAUACAAGGCCAAAAGUUAGCCAGUCUGUUGCAAUUGCAAGGGCAUGGCAGGCUGCUGCCUUGGCUAGACAAUUAAAUGAGGAUGUGGAAAGAAAUGAAAAGUCAGUGGAAAAUGCUGUGAGGAGAAGGGUGCUAGUUUGUGCUCAAUCGAAUGCCGCAGUUGAUGAGUUGGUAUCAAGAAUUUCCAGUGGAGGCCUGUAUGGCAGGGAUGGUAAAAUGUACAAGCCUUACAUAGUAAGGGUUGGUAAUGCUAAAACAGUUCAUCCAAAUUCACUGCCCUUCUUUAUUGAUACACUUGUUGAUCAUCGUCUAGCUGAAGAGAGGAUGCGGCUGAGUGAUACCAAGAAUGACUCAAGCAUAGACUCAUCUGCAGCAUUGCGUUCUAAUCUGGAAAAGUUAGUCGACCAAAUUAGGUACUAUGAGGCUAAGCGUGCAAAUUUACAGGAUGGAAAUUCAGACCUCAAAAAUUCUUUCGAUGAUGAAACACUGAAAGGGGAUGAUGUAAAAGCAAUGUCAGAUGCUGAAUUAAACGUGAAGCUACAGAAGUUAUAUGAACAAAAGAAACAAAUUUUUAAAGAUCUUAGUGCUGCUCAGGCACGGGAGAAGAAAUAUAAUGAUGAAGUUAAGACUCUGAAACAUAAGCUGCGAAAGUCAAUACUAAAGGAAGCUGAAAUAGUGGUAACUACAUUAAGUGGGUGUGGUGGAGAUCUCUAUGGAGUAUGCUCUGAAUCUAUGUCAAGUUAUAAAUUUGGGAACCCAUCUGAGCAUAACCUUUUUGAUGCAGUUGUUAUUGAUGAAGCAGCUCAAGCUCUGGAACCUGCUACUUUGAUUCCUCUUCAACUUUUAAAAUCAUAUGGGACGAAGUGUGUCAUGGUUGGUGAUCCAAAGCAGCUUCCUGCGACAGUCCUCUCUAAUGUUGCUAGCAAAUUUCUCUAUGAGUGCAGCAUGUUUGAGCGUUUACAAAGGGCUGGUUAUCCAGUUACCUUGCUUACUAAACAGUAUAGGAUGCACCCAGAGAUUUGCCGGUUUCCGUCGCUGCAUUUUUAUGAUGGUAAUCUGCUGAAUGGAGAGCAAAUGUCAAGCAAAUCAGCAUCAUUUCAUGAGAGUAAGGGUCUUGGCCCUUAUGUAUUCUAUGAUGUUACUGAUGGCCAGGAACUUCGUGGUAAGAAUUCUGGUGCAUUUUCUCUUUAUAAUGAGCAUGAGGCUGAAGCUUCUGUUGAACUACUGAGAUUUUUCAAAAAGAGGUAUCCCUCUGAUUUUGAUGGUAGAAGAAUUGGCAUCAUAACUCCAUACAAGAGUCAACUUUCACUUCUGCGUUCUCGUUUUUCUGGCACAUUUGGGUCUGCUGUUAUGGCUGAUAUGGAGUUCAAUACUGUUGAUGGUUUUCAAGGCCGGGAAGUUGACAUAUUGAUAUUUUCCACCGUUAGAGCAGCCGAGUCAGAUUCUCAUGCAAAUGGUGUCAACUCCAGCAGUAUCGGGUUUGUUGCUGAUGUAAGGCGGAUGAAUGUUGCUUUGACAAGAGCCAAACUCUCCCUCUGGGUUUUUGGUAAUGCAAGGACUUUGCAGACAAACCGUACUUGGGCUGCUCUAGUAGAAGAUGCUAAAGAGAGAAACUUGGUUAUCUCGGUUAAAAGGCCAUAUGAUUCCUUCAAAGCAGCUUUGAGGGACAAGGUUACUCCUGAAAAAUCUGGUAAUCAUCGAGGACAGAUGAAGCAUGUUAAAAAUGCUAAUGAUCCUGGCAAGCUUAGCAAAAAUGUUGAGCACAAGAUGCUGAAAUCCUCUCACAGGAAUAGGGAACAUAUUAGUUAUGUGGCUCAAUGUAACAGGACAGUUGCAGGAGAUGAUACUAACUUCUUAGCCAAAAAAGACGACAUCCAGGGUAGCAAAAGAAAAGCUAGAGCUGAUCAUGAUCUUCCACCUGUACAUGCCAGUGAUGAGAACAGAACGUCAAAGAAUGUAAAAUGCGCAGUUUCAAGAGAAUAUGUAAGGAACAGUGAAAGUAAGUGCAAUUACAGAAGUGAGAAGAAACAAGAUUUUAAGGAUCCUCAUAAAGGUAAGAAGAAAGAUACAUGCAUGAAUUCAAAGAGCGACAGGAAUUUGGAAAUUUCAACUUCAUCAGCUGGAGGCAAUAAUAAAGGGGGGGAGAUCAAUGAUGGUAGGAUCUCUAAUGAAUUAGGUGCUUCUGAAGAUAUAAUCACAAAAAGGAAACGACAACGUGAGGCUGUGGAUGCUAUUCUUUGCUCAUCUCUCAUUUCUUCCAAGAAGCCAGAAUCAUCAACGAGACCUGUGCCUACCAAAAAGUCUCUUUCUCCCACUUCAAUUGCAACUAAUGGUAUUAGACCACCCAAGAAAAGGAAAGGUCCAUCCAUAUCCUCAAAAAAAGCUUUGCAGGACUAGAGUUCUUCAAUGUUACUAAAAGAGAAUAUUUGAGAUCCGUGGACUAUGAAGUUACAAUCUGGUCUGGAGAUUCAAGUGAAGUUUCUGAUUAUCUAAUGCCUUGAUGAAAGCUGAAAGGAGAUUGAGAGCCGCUUUGAUUCAGGAGGUAAUUGGUAAUCACCUGCAACCCUGAAUGGUCUUGGAUUAUCAGAAAGCCUGGAGAAUUAUGGAUAAACUUAGCUUCAUUUUUGUCAGUUGACAGUUGCAUCUACUGUCUUAACCAAGGUGGCAGAUGAGAUUCGUUUACUUUUCUCGGCUGCAUAUUCUUUUGAAAAAACAAAUUGUGAUUUGCAGAUAUGGGUCUUCACCCGAAAUUUUGUUCCUAUCCUCCUGUUGUGUGCUUUGAGAACCUCGUAUACGUUAGUUCUGUAAAUGCUAGAUUUUUUUUUUUUUUUUCA